AUGGUUUCGUCCUGCCGGUUAUGUGCAGCAGCUGCCCUGAUCCUCCGCACAGCAGGAGACCUGCGGUUUCCUGAUUACGUGCCUGGGUUCGCGGAAUCGGAGGCAUGCCUUCCCAAGGUCUCACAGGCACAGCCCGUCUUCUCUACGACAGAGCUGGACUCAAAGCUCCAGCAAGUAGCAGAUGCUUCUGGGAUUGUCGUCUUCAGCGUGUUUGUCAACACUGGGGACAUGACAGAGGAGUCUCGCUUUGCUGCACAGCUGGAACACUGGAUGUGCCGCACGAGAUCAGUGUUUGGCCGUGACUUUUUGGUCUUUGUGGACUCGGAGAGAUCUAGACAACGCUGGGAAGGUGAUUAUGGCAUCACGGCCUUCUUUUCCCGGUCGUGGAUCCAGGAGGUUUUCACCGGACCUUCUAAGGGCGAGAUCCACGACUCCAAUUACUGGCGUUGGGCCGCGAUGGAGUCCAUCCUUCGCGCAGGAUAUACGUCUCUUUACGUUGACACCGACAUACUCUGGAUUCAGGAUGCGCGACCCCACUUGGAAGCACUUCAAACAGAUGUCGAUUUUUUCGGCUCCUGCGAUGCAUAUGAUGGCAGAAAUGGUUCCAUCAGGUGGUUCAGAGAUGGCGCCCUCAACAUGGACCACCUACGAGAGGAAGCCCGGCUGCACGAUGGCGAGUCUGUGUGCUGCCAGGGUGAACUGGUGCCCGUGAACGCGGGAGUCAUCUUCAUGAGGCCGAGCUCUGCUGCAAUCAGUGCGGUCCAGCGCUUCAGGGAAAGAAUCUUUUCAGGGCCAUGCUGGGGACAGGCGGCCAUGCACUGGAGCCUCUUCGAACUCUGCGGCUCAAAGCUCUCCUGUGAGAUGCUUGAUCCAUUGCUCUUUGCCUCCGCGAGCCCGCUUCGUUCAGCGCUGCGGAAAGACCCACAGACGGCGUCCCGGGCCCGGCCGGCUCUGAUUCACCUGGACGUAUCUGCGAAGGGCAAGGCCACGCAAUACUUCGAAGGCUUCUUUGGGACGCCGCCAGCCUGCGCCAAAUAUGGUCGUGGAAAGGCAAGUGAGCUCUGA